AUGGCCGUUCUUUUCUUUCAGCUUCUCCCACUCCUUACUUUGGCUACUGGAAAGCCAGUUCUUCCGAGGCAGGCCUCGGAUACCCCACAGGGCGCUCACGACCUGAUCGACGUCCGUCUCGACGCUAUUGGGAACUCCACCGUGAAAGCCUACAUCACCAACAAUGGCAAUGAGGACCUCCGCUUCGUCAAGAGUGGAAGUAUCCUUGACAAUGACCAUCCCACCAAGAAGGUCCAGGUCACCGGUCAAAAGCACAACCCCACCUUCAACGGUGCCGAAGUCACCUAUGUCAACAGUCAUCUGACCAACGAUGCCUUUGUGAAUCUGCCCCGCAAGCAGACCAUCGAGUCCGUCUUUGACGUCGCCGACUCGCAUGAUCUAACUGCCGGAGAAAAGUACUCGGUCGUUGCCGAUGGCUCCCUCGAGUACACCCGCGCCAGCGACCCCAAGAAGUUCAUCAUGGUGCCUUAUAAAUCCAACGAGAUCAGCUUCGAAGCCCCGGAGGCUAAGAAGGGCCUCACCAGUCGUGCCACGCUUGACUGUUCCGGCGAGUACAGCCAGAAAGUGAAGGCCGCGCUCGAACGUGCCGCGAAGAUGGCCACCGCUGGCGCUAAGGAUGCGCGUGACGGAAAGACCGGCCUGUUCAAGAAAUUCUUCAUGUCCGACUCUCAGGCUGAUAAGACGGAGGUUGCGGACCGUUUGGAUGCUAUCGCCAAGGAGGCCACUUCAAAGGGUACCUUGACUUAUUACUGCCAGCCCACAGGCCAGGACUCCUGUGGUGGUAAUAUCGCUGCUAUUACCUACCCAACUGAGAACCGUGUCGUUAACUGCCAGGCUUACUAUGAGACUCCCGCUGAGAGUGAUCAGUGCAAUUAUCUGGAUCAGGCUGCCAUCUCGCUCCAUGAGUUUUCCCAUGCUACUAGCGUGUACACUAUCUUGCAAAAGCGGCGUCACCAUCUUAUACUCUUUGAUUGUUUCUCAAACCCUAAUGCCAAGUAG